CAGGCAAAUCUCUCUUGCUUGGCCCGUAUUUCCAGUAACAGUCACAUUGGAUGCCAGCAGAGAUCAAGGCUCCGGUCGAAGUGCCUGCAUAUGUAAAUGACUUCUCUCGCCCUGGUCGUCGAGAGGCGGACGAAAUGCGCUUUGCUAUCUCGUGACAUUUUGCUAUGACCCAAAGGAAAGGCACAUGAGAAUACGACGGUCGCUAUAAGGAUGUACGAGCCGUAUACCAUCGUUUCUCAAUCGUCUUUCUCUUCGUUCGCUGCGUUGAACGCAUUGGAUCGGCUGCUUGACGCGGAUCCUUGAGAUUGCUUCUCUUGCUUUACAUAACAACUAGCCCAGGAUGGCUUUGCGCAGGAUCGUUCGUUCGAGAAUGCAUGGUCGAAGGGACUGUUCCGGUCUUAACAAAUCCAUAAAUGACCGGAAGCAUCUUCUGGACUCCAACUCGCAUCGAUCCUACGCCGACAACAAAAAGGACUUUGAUUCUCAAGCGGAUGACGACGAUAGUAAUGGCAAGUUCCCUGAUUUUGGCGGAAACAACAACAAUACCUUCAGUUUCGGAGGUGACAAUUCCAACGGAGGGAACAAUAACGCGAAUGGGAACGGGGAAAACAAUGACUCUGAUGAUUCGAAUGGUAACAAUGGUUCUAAUACCAAGAUGUUAUCACCGCCUCGAGGCAAUGGUUGUCAGUUCGUGAACGAGAAUGAUGGCAGAUUACAGUAUACCGGACGAUGGACGUUGGAGGCCAAGGAUCCAACUGGUCUAACGACUACGACGCACACCACAACCACUACUGGCUCGCAGGUGUCUAUCGUAUUCAAUGGAACAGCGAUCAUCGUUAUCGGCAUCGUUCACCCUAGUAAUUCCACCUCCCCUCCUCCUGUCGCAAGCUACACUAUCGACACGAGUAAUCCGACUGAACUUCCUCUUCCUGUCGCGACGCACAACAUUCCUAAUCAGCAGUUUUUCCAAUCGCCCCAGUUGUCUCCUGGAGAACACACCUUGCUUAUCAACGUCACGAGCGCUGGAAGCCCUUACACUCUCGAUUAUCUCUUCUUCUGCGGCAACUCGACCCCAUCCGUCGCUGCAGCUUCGGUCCAGGAGAAGACAGAGGAUACAGGACUUUUGCCGAGGAAGACAGCUAUCAUCAUUGGCGGUAUACUCGGUGCUUGUAUGAUUAUACUCUUACUUGCACUGAUAUUCGUGCUCUGUGGUAUUCGGAAACGCCGCUCGCGUGCCGCGCAUACGAGAAACGGUCCACUUCGCGAAUGGCUCUCGCGACAGACGAUGUUCACUUCAUCCGAGUCGAUCAUGCGAAAUAACCCAAGCAAUAGCACCACUAGUGCUGCCGAUUCGAGGGAGAAACCUGCUUCAUCGACCAUGGAAACUCAGAAGCCGUUACCAAAGGGUCCUGUCAUUCGGACCUUUUCCGAUUUCGACCGUCAUUAUUCUUUCCCAUUCUCACUGGACUCUGUCGACCGUGACGAUGUCCCUAACAGCCCUGGCUCUGGCAGUCAGCGUAGGAUUUCUCCAAAUCCGCCAGUUCCCCCAAAAGGACCGGUUCCUUUCUGAUGUAUCAGUAGCUCUGGACUAAUACUUGUAUUCUCUCCAUCUUCCGGAUUAAAAAUCUUAUUUGUAUUUAGUACCCGAGAUGUAGACCUUUCGGACUCUUUUCGAUCUUCUUUUCGUCCAUAGUGGCAUAAAUAUUACCAUAUGGU